GUUCUGAGUUUGUAGUAGGUGAUGGUCUACUCGCCGGGUGCGUUCCCCUAGCGUCUUUAGUUUUGUGCCGAACGAUCGUCCCCAGUGGUGAUUAUACAUGAUGAGUGGCGUAAGUUUGGGUAUUACGAAGUGGGAGGAGGAGAAGUUAGUUAGGCCACGAAGAGAGGUGUCCGUGUGCCAGCGGUUAUGCGCUUAUGUAUUGAUGUAGGUAAAGCACUGGAAAGAAGACGAUGAUCAAAUAUCUGGAAGCCUUUCUCCCGCGAAAGCGCCAAAGAUUGACAGUGAAGGAGAGAAGGAGGAGAAAUUAAGCAGAAUAGUUGGAUUAUUUAGUCCUGGAAAAGAACCACCUAUCAUCAAACCAAAACCAAAACCAAAGACCAAGCCUAAGCCAGUUUCUUUCUCCCAGUCUGAUCAAACUGAUGCUCCCAAUGAGCAGUCACCUGGUGCUAUGGAGGUAGGGCCCAUCAGACUCAGUGAAGAUAGUCUUGCACAGUUUGGCAAAGUUGUGGACCUUGAUGCAGUGGUACGUUACCAGCUGCUAGAUAAUACUCCCCAAAAAGACAGGGCUGCACUCAGCCAAAGCAAAGGAUUGAAAGAUCGUCGACUACCCAGCCACGUAGCCACUCUUGUGGGGGAUGAAAGACCGCCUCAAAGGCAACUACCAAGGGAUAUAGCAAGACCAAAGCAUCAGCCCAAAGUUGUUGAAGAACCAGAUGCUGGAGAUCAGCAUCAACUAACUGAUGAAGAAAAGAGACAAAAACUAAUGGCAAAGGUUGGUAUCUCACAAGGAAAUCCUCUUGCUGCUUUGGGAAAUAUUCUACGCAAAGGACCGGGUAGGGGUUCUGGAAGAGAUUCAAAAUCACCAAGGAGAGAGGUCACUGUUACCAAGAAACCCUCAUUCAAAGGGUCAAAAGAGUCUCUUCGUGAAAGCUGUAAAGAUUCUACAGAGCCAUCAGGGCGUCCAAGUGAGCAAAAGAGCCCAAAAAUGUUUCGUUUCGGUAUAAAACGAUCAGGCUCACGUAGUAAAAAAGGAGAAAAGGAUGAUUCAGCAUCAGACACUUCGAGUGUAAACAGUCUUAAUGUUGUCGCCGUUAAGGAGGAACCAAUGGAAGCAGAGUCAAGUGGUCUCACAGUGAGUAGAUCGGCUGGUGUAAAUGAAAGAAAGGAGAACAUGGGUGAGGUCAUUGACAAAACAAAAUCUGCACCAGAAGCAUCAUCAAAAUCAAGCAACCGCAACAGCACCUAUUUCAAACCUCCAGAAGUUGAACCCCUGACUGACCUGUUUGAUAGUGGAGAACUGGAUGCACUCUUGAAACCAAAUGAAGGUGCAGAGAAAGGCGCAGCGGUUGAUUCUACAAGGGAAAAUUUAGAAAGUGCAGGUGAGGAGGAACAAGCCAGCAACAGUGGGAGCGGGCUUAAACGAAAUAAUUUACGAUCCAGUUUUCGUAUGUAUGAGAACCGGUACAAAGCAGAAACACUUGAAAAAAAGAAAGAAAAAUCUCCACUGUCAAUGACAGCAUCUGUUGCUGUACGUUCUAUAGAAUCUACAAAAAAACAAAGCUCCAACGAAGAGCAUGUUGCAGAGAGUAUACCAAGUGACACUGGUACUCCGUAUACCAAACAUGAUGGGGAUUCCAUAGUCACAAGUGUUUCACCUAAACCAGAAGUUGAGAGCUGCAAAAGCGAGAAGGAGAAAGAUAACGAAAGGAGGAGGAGAAAGUUGUUUGAUGAUGAGUUGUUUCCCUCUGAUAUCCCUGGCAGAUUGCACACAAAGGUUAAAUCUGCAUCUGCUGCAACCCCCAGCUUAGAUGCCUAUGCUAAAGCCCACAGAUCACCUUCUCCUGUUGCAGUAGUAUCUGACAAUAAAGACCAGGGCAAAGAUGAGAUUGGUGACAACAGUGAAUCAAAUUCAGCCUCACCUUCUCUGAAAACCACAGAUCAAGCUGAAAGCGAGGAAGAGGGACCAAGGAAUAUUCCCACUGGUGAAGUAUCUGAAAGUGGCAAAGAGGCAGAGACAAUGCCCCAGGACCAGCAGCAAGUUGCUGUGAAUGUCCCUUCAUCAUCAAAUAGCUGUGAGACGCAUGUUGAUCAUGAAGCUGACAAGGAUGUCUGUGUCCCCAUAAACACAAGUGAAGAACAGAAAACCCCUGUGCCUGUUUCACCAACCCAAACCCCUUCUGAAGUUAAGUCUCAAUCAGUGCUUGCCAAGACAGAACUAGAGAAAGACAGCGAAGAAAGAAAAUCCACAAUGGGUCCAAGCACAUCAGACGAUUUCCACCGUGAAGAAAGAAAAUCUAAAACAGAUCCAAGCACAUUCAGUGGAGUGUCAAAAGAAGCGGAGAAGCAACCCACUCUGGAAAUGGAGUCAGGUGGAACACAAGAAACUGAAGGGCCUGGGAAUGAACAUCUGGAGAGCACACGUUCUGAAAAGGAGAAUCCAAGUAUUAGCACUGAGCGUAAGCGGAGGGAAGAAAAGCAGCAAUCCCAUCGUUCGGCGCGUUCAAAUGAUUCUCGUUCAAGAAUACAAUCUGGAAAAGUCAGCAGUGGCAGAAGUAGGUUUGAUUCUAGUAGCCCAAGUUCGUCACCAAGAUUGCAAAGGGCUAGGGCUUCUACUGAGUCUCCCCGUUUAGCAUCAGGAAAAAAGAUUAAACGUUCAGAAGACCAGGAUAGUAAGUCACCCUUGUGGAUGUCAGAUAUGCAAAAGAAGAAAGAGGGGAGGACUAAGACAAAGGAACAAAUGACCCCGGUGAAACCUUCUGCAGAUGGUGAAGACAUGCCAGACUGGCGGAGGAGAGUUUUAGAGCGUAGGAGAAAAGCUGCAGAAGCCAACACUAAGUCUCCGAGUACAGAUGGAAGAGUAGAUCGUAUAUCGAGGUCUGGUAGGUGUCGCGAAGCAGGGGGAGCCUUUACCAGUACUAAAAAGUCUCCUCAAAAAGACAAAUCACCUUCUCCUAGCAGCUCCAAAAAGUCAUCAACUAAAGCUGUUAAGUCUAAAGGUAAAGGCACUUCGGACGAGGGUAAGGUCAAAACUGAGGACACUGAGACAAAAGAUGCCAAUAAAGACAAGCAGGAGAAUUGCAAAAAGGAAGUUGCAGACGAUCCUGAUUUUGGUCAUGAAAUUAUAUCAGACAUGCAUGAGAAGCAGGAAUCUACUUCCAAGCCUGUUCAAACGGUUACCUCACCAAAGCCAGAAAUAACUUCACCAAAACCGAAAAUCAAUAUUUUUACCAAGAAAGUAGCAAAACACUCCAGCUCCAGUGAGCAAGUGCAACAGAGUGUGUUCUCUAUUGAUGUAAAGCCAUCGCUAACUCCAGCAGCUGAUGAUGUCCCUGAAAAGGAUGCAAUUGAUGAUGAAGUUUUUGAAGAUACAAAACGAGAAAUACCGACCGACGUGUCAUCUUCCAAUCUUAAAGAAAAGAGUUCUGUAGAAUCUUCGGAAACAGCAGGUUCACGGCACAGUAGCAACUCAUCCGAGAAAGAAGUGGGUGUGCCGUUUAGGUCAAGAGGUAUCUCACAUUCACGCUCACCUACACCAACCUCAUUGGCAACCGGGCCUUUGAAGCUACCUGCUGAUCCUGGAGUUCCCGAAUGGAAAAAGAAAAUGCUGGAACGCAAGAAAGAUUCGUCGAACUUGAAAAAGCCACUAGUUCCAAAAUCUGAAUCUGAGGUUCCUGCUUGGAAGAAAGAGCUGUUGGCAAAGAGAUCGAAGAUUGGGGAAGAGUCCAAAGUCACUUCCCGGAUGCGCAGCAGUACAGUUCCUACACGUCCUGUGUCCGCUACGAGAUCAGGUCGAAGGAAGGAGCAACCUGUGCCAGAAUUCAUGAAGGAAUUUCAGAGUAAAAAGAAAUCUACUACAUAAGGGAUGAUUGUGUCUAUUCAUUUGCUUGUUCUUCUCUACCCACACAUUCACAUUUGUCAGAGAUGGUUUGUAGAUAGAGACAAUUGCAAUUUUAAAUCCAGUGUAUUUUAAUGUGUAAUAGUAUUGCAUUAUAGUUAAGUUCUAUUUUUCAUUAAGUGUUUAUGACAAGUGAAAGUCUGUGUUUUUAUGUGUAGUUAUUUUUACAUUGCAGUGAUGAUUGUGAAAGUGUGAUUCGUAUUUCUGAGGAGUUUAUAGCAUGUGGCAUGCCAUUCGUAAAAACUAAAAUCCAAUCAG